UGUAUUAAAAAUAAUUAAGAUUGCAGGUAAAAAAGUGCAUUAUGGUAUUAUAAGGUCGCUUCUUUCGCAAUUUUUUUCCUCGCGCGCAUAUAUUGGCCCGAUUUGUACUACAGUACAAACACAUCAUCCGUCUGACGGAUUAUCCCUCUCAGUAGCAGUCUAACUAUUGUGCGAUCUACACUAGCCACGAUACCAGCUUGGUUUUGCUGCAAAUGUCUGCGAACUACAGGCAGCAACACGUUGGUUUUCCUUGGACCAUCCGUCUAUACAUCUGAUUGAUUGCCUGCGCAGGUCGUUCUCCAAUUAUCGUGUGCACAGGGGAUUCAGCAAUGACCUAUCUCUACCCCCAACAAAAUGAAAGAAUGUAUGGCAUCGACCCGCCAAGACUUGUUAUGUCAUGCAACGCUCUGAAUUCCAGCUGGCUAGAGACGUCGAGUCCUAGUUUCUUAGAGACAAAUUUUGAAAUGAGUAUCGGAGACGUGAAUAAGCGGUACUGUGAAUUUAUUUGUAGUAGCCGCGGUGAAGUACAAGUCCUGAAGUCCAAAGGUCGUUUCUUCAGUGUAUUGUUGAUUCUUAUAAAUAUCGACAUAUUUACAUUAAAACAUUUAGGCAUGUACAUCGAGGGUCAUAGUUGGGCUCCUGUUUAGUUUUCUCUCGCCAUUUUAUUGUUUAUAUCUUACUAUUUUUCCUUGAAGGUCCUUGAAGUACCGGUGCCCCACCACUUUAUACGCCCAUCUCUACGCCCCUUUGGUAAAUACAAUCUCGUGAUCAACCUCAUGUUUUUGCAGCCUUGUCAAUAUGGCGCACACUCCUUUUCUUUUGUAAGAAUCUUGUUUAGAUAAUUAGAUUAGUACGAUAUAUUGAGGAUGAAAUGAGAAAGAAACUGCUUUACAGACAACAAAAUAUGCAGUCUCCUGGAGAUCUUGUUCCUCUACUCGUGCUACACUACAUGUGAUAACAAGAACUGAAAUACUAUACUCUGUAAUCUGAGAAUGCAUAUUAGAAUUUGAGAAUUUCAUAUAUUAACCAAACAGUAAUAUUUGACAGUCUUUUGCGGUGUUUAAUUAAUACAUUGCUUAAAUUUCUCUGCUUUAUACCAUGUA